AUAUUCACGUUCUUUGCGCUGCGAGUCCGAGUAUUAACUUAAGUCCGGGUGUUUGAUUUAGGCAGAGAGAUGCCGUCAGCAGAACCUACACCGAACUAUCAUCCGAACGAUAAAGAACCGGCCGCUCCAUGCCGGUCGUGUGUGGACUUUAAAUCGUGGUCGAAACAGCAGCGCAAAAGCCUCACCACCACCAGCAGUGCGGCUGUGGCCAAGUCGUCCUCGGAAGUGGCGCACAGAAAGGCGGACUCGCAGGAAGAUCGGACUGCCGGAGGCACACCGCCGGGUUGCCCACUGGACAGAGACAAGCUCGGGCAGCACACCUGGGGGCUGCUCCACACGAUGGCCGCCUACUAUCCCACCAGUCCGAGCGAGACGGAUGAAAAGAACGUUCGGACAUUCUUUACCAGCUUGUCGGAACUGUAUCCCUGCGCACACUGUGCCAAAGAUUUCCAGCAAGAGUUGAAAGAGAUGCCACCGGAAACGAAGUCGCGGCACACUCUGUCCCAGUGGCUCUGUCGCGUACACAACCGGGUGAACGUGAAACUAGGCAAACCGGAGUUUGACUGCGCGAGGGUUAACGAACGAUGGCGAGACGGCUGGUUGGAUGGAUCCUGUGACUAAAAGUCGAAAGCGAUAGGUACUUUAAGUAGCUUUAAUAUGUUGAUGUAUUUAUUUAAUUACAUUACAUACAAACGUUCGGGUUGUAUA